AAUGCAGAACUCAAGCCUCUUUCAUCGGGGCACAGACUUCCUUUUACUCCUUCCUUUUGCACUCUCGCCGCCUCCUCCCGGGGAGAAGCGGAGGCACCGGCGGCCCGGGACAGCGACAGGCCGGGCUACCGCGGCCGUGCGUCAAGCUUCUUUCUGGAAGUGCGGGACAGGGCCGGGCUGGUGUACGGCUCGGAGCAAUGGAGCCGGCCUUUGGGGAGGUGAACCAGCUGGGAGGAGUGUUCGUGAACGGGAGGCCGCUGCCCAACGCCAUCCGGCUUCGCAUCGUGGAACUGGCCCAGCUGGGCAUCCGACCGUGUGACAUCAGCCGCCAGCUACGAGUCUCGCACGGCUGCGUCAGCAAGAUCCUGGCGCGCUACAACGAGACGGGCUCGAUCUUGCCAGGAGCCAUCGGGGGCAGCAAGCCCCGCGUCACCACCCCAACCGUGGUGAAGCACAUCCGGACCUACAAGCAGAGGGACCCGGGUAUCUUCGCCUGGGAGAUCCGGGACCGCCUGCUGGCGGACGGCGUGUGUGACAAGUACAACGUGCCCUCGGUGAGCUCCAUCAGCCGCAUCCUGCGCAACAAGAUCGGCAACUUGGCCCAGCAGGGCCACUACGACUCCUACAAGCAGCACCAGCCGGCGCCGCAGCCCGCGCUGCCCUACAACCACAUCUACUCGUACCCCAGCCCCAUUACGGCGGCUGCGGCCGCCAAGGUGCCCACGCCGCCCGGGGUGCCCGCCAUCCCCGGUUCGGUGGCCAUGCCGCGCACCUGGCCCUCUUCGCACUCUGUCACAGACAUCCUGGGCAUCCGCUCCAUCACCGACCAAGGAGUGAGCGACAGCUCCCCCUACCACAGCCCCAAGGUGGAGGAGUGGAGCAGCCUGGGCCGCAACAACUUCCCUGCCGCCGCCCCGCACGCGGUGAACGGGCUGGACAAGGGAGCCUUGGAGCAGGAAGCCAAGUACGGGCAGGCACCAAAUGGGCUCCCAGCUGUGAGCAGUUUUGUGUCAGCAUCCAGCAUGGCUCCUUACCCUACCCCGGCCCAAGUGUCACCUUACAUGACCUACAGCGCUGCUCCUUCUGGCUAUGUUGCUGGACACGGAUGGCAACAUGCCGGCGGCACCCCACUGUCCCCCCACAACUGUGACAUUCCCGCGUCACUGGCGUUCAAGGGAGUGCAGGCAGCCAGAGAAGGGAGUCAUUCUGUCACCGCUUCUGCACUCUGAUGGGAACUUCCGUCUCCAGCAGCUUCACCGGGGUCCCCCUGGCAGCACAUCCUCCCCUCUUCCCAGGUGUCACAUCCCACCCCUCCCUCCCGAGAGAGCUGGCUUUAUGGACUGACAUCCUUUAUGCUGAUGACAUUUAAAUAUUUCUUGCCAUAACUUCUCUCUUGCAGAAAACCUGACAUGACGUUAGGAUUUUAAAAACAAAAGCAUCGUUAAGGAUUCAAUGAGACAUUUGUGUUGCCCACACACUGUUUUAAUGUAGUGAAGAAAGCUACACCCCUCAAAGGGCUUAAGGAACUUUUAAAACUAGUCUUUGGUAAAACCACACAUGUAUAUUUAUUCUAAAUCAACCUGAACUUUUGAAACGUGCAAUUGUUGAGAUUUUGUGAAAUCAAUAAAGGAGAACACAUAUAGAAAAAAGUUAUGCUACAUCCUCUAAUCAAACAAGGUGACCAAGUAAGCCUUAAUUCAUCAUUAGGAAACCAAUCAAUGAUUGACAUGGUUGAGUGAUCCUUUGCUUAUUUUUGAGAAAUGACCUAUUGUAAUUGAAAAAUAUGUGUAGAAUUCAAGCAGUACCUGAAUCUAGCUCCUCUUGGUGUUUUGACUUGGUUCCAAAUACAAUAAUGUUUAUAUUUCCUAUUAGUUUGUAAAUAAGGACUCUGGGUGGUGCAUUUGUGUCUUCAUUCCAUGGGAUAUCUCCCUCCCCUCAGCCCCAUCCCCUAUUUUUUCUUUCUUUAUUUUGCUAAGGUGACUUUCUGGCCACGUCUUUGUCUCUGUUUGGUGGUGGGCUGCUUGGGCUCCUGCACCUGGACUUGCCCCCAGAUCUGUGUGUGCAGUGAAGGCUUCAAUAUCUCAUGAAGGACACUUUCUUUCUACAGCAGAGGACUCAAAAAACAAACAAACAAACAAACAAACAAAACCAAAAAAACCAAACACCAGAUAUAACAAGCCAGUCUCCCAUUUUUUAUCCUAAUCAAACAACACACAUGCCAAGCAUAUAAAGACAAGAGGGUGGAAAAUAUCUGAGAAAGAAGGCUCUAAAGAAAGUCACUUAGAAACUUACAUUUAAUGUGAAACGCUUUGCAAAGACACUUAAAAUGAACUUUUUGUUAAGAAAACCACUGUGAAACUAAAUUGUACUGUUAUUGUUGGCUUACCUGUGUGUUCAGCAAUCUCAGCCCAAAAUGAUGUUGUAAUGUAAAGAAAAUGGAAAAUCCUGCUCUAGUGAAUGUAACGAUGGCUUGCUGUGAAGUUUACAUUGUUGUACAGAGCAUGUUUCACAUGUAGGUAAACUGGUGAUGGUGACAGAAAUACACAUGCUAUUUAAUUUUAACAAAUUCCCUUUAUUCAUUUCUGGAAUUACAGAACACAGUUUAACUGGUAAAUCUUUCUAGAGCAACUCACCUUUCACUUUAAUGUUAGUAAUUGCUGUGGGGGUAUUUGUGUGUGUGAGUGUGAUUAUGUGUUGUAGUUCAAAAGGCAAAAUUCUACAGUUUUUAUCCAGUCUGUUUAGGAAGUUCUUUCUGCUUGGUAAUAUAGGCUUAAAAAUGCAUUUUUAAAACAUUGGUACAAUUCAUCUAUUGGAAAAAUUAAUAUAUUGUGGGUUUUUUUGGGUGUUAAUCCUGUGCAAUAACUAAAAGAGCACCUCACUAGAUAUAGAUGUUAAAGAUGCAUUCGUUAGGUGAUUUUGAUUUCUUCCUAUCUGUGCUGUGCACAGCCUACAUGGCAAUCCAGUUCCACCACAUCGGUCUCAUGGCUUCAUUUAGAACUCAGCUGGCGAGAUUAGCUAGAUGUUCACGUCACUGGACGUAAACAGUGAGUAGACUUCUGACACACAAGCUACGUUCAAGGAACUGCUUUCCUCAAGCAGCAGAUACCUUCUAGAAAAGCUUUGAACUGCAUGUAUUUCUAACGCAACCGAAAUUCAGUGCUACAAACAGAGGAUUAUAACUUCAGGAGAGGAAUAAGCGGAAGGAACAGACGAACUCUCAGGGCCACAGUCUUCCUUUGAUCUUAUAAAACUCCUGUUGACAUCUGGACUUCCCAGUCUGGUAAGAACAUAGACUAUAAACCCAAUGAAACAAAGAUCCAGUCUAAUAUUUUGGUGGAGACUUUAAAAUCAUACCAUACAGGGACUCUCCUGCCAUCCGGAAAAAUAGACAAAAGGUAUAGAAUUAUUCUUUAUCAAAUAUUUUUAGGUGACUAUUAGGGGUCUUUAAAAACUAUCAAUUGUAUGGAAACUCAACUAAAUGUUAUUUUAUCUAAAUUAAGAAAUCUCUUGUUAUUAUGUUAUUUAUACUAUUUUCUGAUUCUUGUGCUUUUUUUAAAAAAAAACUAAUAUUAAUUGUAUCAAAGUUUUUUUUUCUCCCUUUACCCCCACCCAGGUCUUCUCUUAACAACUGUCAAUUCACAUGGAAUAAUUUUAAAGGACAACAGAAAGUCCAAACACAAUUGCUAUUCAAAACAAGCUAUGAUUUAAAGCUACUUUUAAAAACUAGAAGGAUAAUGGGAUGGGAUAUGUGGUUGGAACUGUUAAACAUUAUUAUUAUUGGUUGGUGUUACACAUCUCCUCUGUUUCUUAGAGGGUACAAGUGUUGGUGUUGGUUAUAAACUGACGAAUGCACUCUUCAGAACCUCUUUUCCAUUUCAUCUGCGUGGAGAGGUUAAAGCCUCAUUUCCAAGGCCUCUGUGCAGGCGGUACCCUCUCUCUCACAGGAUGUAAGACUAUUACCUGCAAGGAUAGAACGCAGUUGUACAGAGACAUAUCUUAUUUCUCUUCAUUUUUCUGUUUUUAAUGACCCUCUUAUUGGAGUACUGGGCUGAAAUAUAAAUUAAAAAACACGUUGGAAAGGAUGUACAACAGAAGGCUGUGUAUGUAUAUACAGAAUGUCAAAAAGCCUUUUAUUUUUAU